AUGGCGGCAUCGCGCACGGAGCCUUUCGGCGAGGGCGUUCCUUUCGGCGACCCGUCGUGGUACGGCAAGUUCAACUCGCCGUACUACACGAAGAGCCACGUCGAGUUCCGCGCGAGAGUCCGCGCGUUCGUCGAGCGCGAGAUCUUCCCGAACGUGCACGAGUGGGACGAGAAGAAAUCCCUCCCGCUGGAGCUGUACCGCAAGACCUACGAGGCCGGGAUCCUCCCCGGCGUCGUCGGCGCGCCGUGGGCGGGCGGCAUGGGGAACGAUCUGAGCGUGCCCGCCCCGGAGCGCUUCGACUACUUCCACGAGCUCAUCAUCUUGGACGAGUUCGGACGGUGCGGCUCGGGCGGCGUCCUGUGGGGCCUCCUAGAGGGCGUCCACAUCGGCCUGCCCCCGGUGUUGAACUUCGGCAGCGAAGCCCUGAGACGCCGCGUCGGUCUGAACGUUCUGAGAGGCGAGAAGACGAUAUGUUUGUGCAUCACGGAGCCGUGGGCGGGGAGCGACGUCGCGAACAUUCGAUGCGUCGCGAAGAGAUCCGCGGACGGGACCAAGUACGUCGUCAGCGGGGAGAAGAAGUGGAUCACGAACGGGAUCUGGGCGGACUACUUCACCGUCGCCGUGCGAACCGGCGGGCCGGGGAUGGGCGGGAUAUCGCUGUUAGUCGUCGAGAAGACGAUGAAGGGCGUGGAGACGAAGCGGAUGGACUGCAUGGGCGUGUGGGCGAGCGGGACGACGUUCGUGACCUUUGACGACGUCGAGGUUCCGGCGGAGAAUUUGAUCGGCGAGGAAAACCAGGCGCGUUCUAUCUUACACUGGUCCUCAUACGACCGCGGGUUCAAAUACGUGAUGCACAACUUCAACCACGAGCGGUGGGGGUUCGUCGUCCAAGCGAACCGCUUCGCGCGCGUGUGCUACGAGGAAGCGUUCAAGUACGCGCACCGCCGUCGGACGUUCGGCAAGAAGCUCAUCGAGCACCCGGUGAUUCGCGCCAAGCUCGCGGACAUGGCUCGGCAGAUCGACGCGACGCACGCGAUGAUGGAAACCAUCACGUACCAGAUGUGCACGAUGACGCGGGAGGAGUCCGCGAAGGCUCUCGCGGGGGUCACCGCGCUCGCGAAAGUCCAGGCCACGAAGGUUUUCGAGUACUGCGCGAGAGAGGCGGCGCAGAUAUUCGGCGGCGCGUCGUACACGCGCGGCGGCGUCGGCGAGAAGGUGGAGCGACUCUACCGCGACGUCCGCGCGUACGCCAUCCCGGGCGGGUCCGAGGAGAUCAUGAUGGACCUCGGGAUCAGGCAGGCGAUGAAGGAGUGGGAGUCCGCGCAGGCGAGGCUGUGA